AUUAUUUUGUGUCUGCAAUGCAGUUGUGAGUUGAUAUUUGAGUGUAUGUUACUCUGUUUAUCUGUAAUCAAGACAUUUUAUAAACGUGAUGUAAUUGUUGUGUUGAUUUGUUUAUUUAUUUUUUAUUAGUUAUGAGAAAGACAUAUCAACGUCCACACCAUCGAAAAGUGGAUUUACAAUGCCACCACCACCUGUAUCCACUAUUGUCUCUGAGUCGCUUUCUGACCGAGAUGAUGACUUCUCAGUCCCUGGAGUUGAAGAGUUGGAUAGUAGCAGCGUACAGGAUAAAAACAUUCAGGAAUUAGAUGCAAGUAUGUCAUCACUGGAUCUGGAUGUCAUCAGUGAAGAUGAAUUUAACAACAUUAAAAACUCAAUUAUCGAGUGGGAAGAUGACACCUGGUGUCCUGAUAUGGAGACAAAGUCUGUGUCAUCAUUUGAAGAAGACGAAACAAAGGAAAUAGAUACAGACUAUGAUGACAGUGAUGAUGAGGACUAUAUGCCACAUAUUUGUGUGCGGACUGGCGGUGCUCUGAAGACUCCGAUUUGUCUGGAUUCCCUUCAAACAAUUAGUAUGGAGGACACUGUGCACGAUGCUGAAGACAACUCCCAAGACCCUUCUAUUGCAGACAUACAUCCAAUCCCAGAGACUGCUAAAAUCAUGGUUGAGGAUGACAUAAUUGGCCAGCCAGCAUCUAUAACAUACCAAAGUUGUCUGAAGCUGCUUGCUGAAUAUCUUGUUCUACCUGUGAACAUGUGUACUGCUAAGGACACAAACACAAAUGCAGAGUGUGGGGCACAUAAACCAUUUGAGGUCAACAUGCAUUCCAGGGGUACAGCUGCAAUUGUGGAAUGGAUAUGUUGUAAUGGUCACACUGUUUGGAAAUGGUCUUCACAGCCCAAUUUUAAAUAUGGAAUGCUUGCUGGGGACUUUAUGUUGGCGUGUAACAUACUGCUGUCUGGCAACAACUAUGCCAAGAUUUUUCUUCUCUUUAAAUUUAUGAAUAUGGGGAUGGUGGAGAAGUCAUCUUUUUUCCGAAUACAAGACUCAUACUGUGUGGACACCAUAAAGGAAUUCUGGAAGGAGAAGAGAGCUGAAAUCAUUGCCCAAAUACAGUCCAAAGGGCCUAUUGUGGCCUUAGGUGAUGCUCGGAUGGACAGUCCUGGAUUCUGUGCACAGUAUUGCACAUAUUCAACAAUGGAAAAUGAAACUAAACAUAUAAUCAGUAUGGUCAACAUCGACAAGAGGGAGACCAUGAGGAACUCUGUUGUAAUGGAGAAAGAUGCCUUUCAACAGACCUUCGAGGCACUCUGCAAAGAAAUAAACUUGACUGAAAUUUGUACUGAUGCUCAUUCUCAAAUAUCAGCUCUCUUCAGUAAGUAG